AUGGGCGUAAACGGCCUGCUGAUACACAUCGAUAGAGAGAUGCAACGGUUACGAAGUAAAGUCGAGGAUCUUCGGGAUCAGAUUGUGAAACUUAAAGAAGCCGCGGAAAUCCAACCACGGACAGGGUUCGCGACGCCCCCUCUGUCGGAGGCUGCCCACACCUCGUUCGACUUUGCGGAGCUCACCAAUACUACAGAAGGAUGGCAAGGUCUCCAGCAGAUGGGGCAUAUUCACUACGGGCCCUUAUCGUCUUCGUAUUUUGUUUCCCGAAUCAGUCGCCAUCUCUCUCAAGUACUCAACGAGCCAAUCGAAGAUGCGAAAUUGGAGGCCUGCAUGGCACGCUUUCAUCAUAUUGCCCCGUCUCAUCAACCGUCUCGAUGGGAUGCAAGCCCGGCCAGCCAGGCGGAUCCGCCCCAGGACGGAGCCGAGGAGGCCGAGGACCUGACCCGGUCACAAGAGGAACACUUUCUCAAUCUGCUAUGGCAGUCCUUUCAUUGUGUGUAUCCUGUUCUCGACGAACGCGAGUUUCAGCAAUAUUAUGAGUCACUAUGGUCAAGUUCCCCGGACGGAAUGUCUGCCCGGAAGCCAUCCGCCCUGGUCGAUGUGUUGUUGGCAGUCUGUAUGCAGUACAGCAGCACGUUCUUCGUCAGUGAUGACAGUCAGCUAGGGGAUUCAGAUUCUGGAUGGCAGGCUAAAAACGCGAAUCUAGCCAGUCGAACCUACUACCAGAGGGCCCAGAGGCUACUGCAGAGUGAGCUUGAAAGUCCCACCAUCAUGGUUGUGCAAAGUCACAUCUAUUCGAUUGUAUACUUGUAUAACACGUCCCUGCUGAAUACGGCGCAUAUUAACCUGGGUGUCACACUGCGAAUCGCCCACGCACUGCGGCUGCAUAUUCGCCCGCUGGACGGGACCGCCCCCAAGCAGCAGGAGCUACAACGCCGAAUCUGGUGGGCGCUCUAUCGGAUCGACAGCCAGCUCUCCAUGACCUUGGGUCGACCGCCACUCAUUCAACUGUCUCAUGUCAGCUGCGGGCUACCCGGAGAUGAUCGCGAGCAUGCCCGGCUAUCUGGUACAGUCCUCCUCACGAACCAUGAGGACAUCAGCUGGCUCAGCUUCCAUGUCCAGUGCACAAAGCUCAUAUAUCUCGUUCAGGGUGUGCAGACAGCAAUGCACCGGAAAUGUUCCCAAUUGCUGAACGGGGACAAAGUUCAGGACCUAUAUGAGGACCCGCGCCUCCUCGAGACUUUGGCCGAAUUUCUCGGAGAAGAGAUGACGUCCAUUCAUUGCUGGGUUCAAAAUGUGCCGCAGUCACUGUGUAAUCCUCGCAAGGGAGGGGGUGACCCAUUCUCUACCAUUCGGGAUGCGCUGAAUCUGUCCGCAUAUAUCCCGCUCUGGCUGCAGCGUCAACGCCUUCUCCUAGAGCUUCACUAUCACCAUCUUGUGGUCUCAACGUUGCGUCCAUUCAUCCGAUUCCCUCCCGUGAGCUCCUCUGUGACCCCACUGACCGAUGGGUACAAUAUCUCCUGUCUGAACCACGCGAUGGCAAUCACCAGUAUACUAAACCAAGUGCUGUCCGAAACUGAUCUCCUGCGUGGCUGGUCGCCUAUAUUCCAGUACCAAUGGGAUGCCAUCCUAUGUACCUUGGGAUUUGUGCUCGCCAAUUCAGUCUGUCCGCCAACCCCUUCAGCCCGCAAGUCUCUGCAGACGGCAAUUCGCACGCUGGACCUCGUGAGUGAUCACUUUGUGGCCGCCAAAAAUGCGGCGCACGUCGUUCGCGAAGUCAGUUGCCAGGCCGAUCGACUCGUCAACAACGUCCAACAGGGUCUGACCCGGCGACAAGCGCCGCGUGCCCACCAGGCUUUGUCCACCAGAGUCCAUAAUCCCAGCCAGCUGACGCAUCCAACCUCGUUUGUCACCCCCGAGCAACUGGGGAUCCGAUCCAACUCACUCAAGCGGGCACUACCACCGACUAUCCGGGAGGUGUCACAGCAUCAACCAAUGCCCAACUUUGAAACGCGCAUGCAAUUAAUGGACAUGAUGCCUAUUGGGCCACUACCGGAGCUAUCGCCUUCUUUGGGGACGACAGAGACUAUGCCGAUGCCCUCCGUCAUGUCUGCGGACAUGGUCAUCGGCGCUGAAGUCCAGUGGCUGCCUGCCAGCGCGAUGAUCAUGGAUUCCUGGACCACCAACUCAUGA